AUGUUACAUCUGAUAGACCCUCAUUGGUAUCAAUUUCCUCCAAUGAAUCCAUUAUGGUACGGCUUGCUGGGUUUCACAAUUGCUGUGCUCGCCUUCACAUCGAUAACAGGAAAUGCUAUGGUUAUCUAUAUCUUCACAACUACUAAGAAUCUCAAAACACCAUCUAACUUGCUCGUCGUAAACUUGGCGGUUUCGGACUUUCUCAUGAUGGCUUGUAUGGCGCCACCUUUGAUAAUUAACUCUUAUAACGAAACAUGGGUGUUCGGACCAUUGUUCUGUGCGAUUUACGCAUGUGGCGGAUCGCUGUACGGAACUGUUUCGAUAUGGACAAUGACGGCAAUCGCCUUUGAUCGAUACAAUGUGAUUGUAAAAGGCAUUGCCGCAAAACCAAUGAGCAUCAACGGCGCUCUAUUACGCAUUCUCGCGAUCUGGCUCUCCUCUUUGGCAUGGACGAUUGCACCGAUACUAGGAUGGAACAGGUACGUUCCGGAGGGCAACAUGACUGUAUGUGGUACCGAUUACCUCAGCAAGGAUUGGUGGAGCCGCAGCUACAUAAUCGCUUACGCUAUCUUCUGUUACUUCCUACCUCUGGGCCUAAUUAUCUACUCCUACUUCUUCAUUAUUCAAGCAGUAGCAGCACACGAAAAGGCCAUGAGGGAGCAGGCAAAGAAAAUGAACGUGGCUUCACUCAGAUCUUCAGAUGCUGCCAACACCAGUGCCGAAUGUAAAUUAGCUAAAGUCGCUUUGAUGACCAUCUCGCUUUGGUUCAUGGCGUGGACUCCGUACUUGGUGAUAAACUUUGCGGGCGUAUUCGAAACCGCGCCUAUUAGCCCAGUUAGCACUAUUUGGGGUUCUGUGUUCGCCAAAGCUAACGCUGUUUAUAAUCCAAUUGUUUAUGGCAUUAGCCACCCCAAGUAUAGAGCGGCACUCUACCAAAGAUUCCCUUAUUUAGCAUGUCAGCCAUCGCCUGAAGAAAAUGGCUCAGUAGCGUCUGGCAACACGGCUGUUUGCGAAGAAAAAGCACCAGCA